UUAUUAUUAUUUAGUGUGGUCAUGGCUGGAGAGUCGGUCAGUUUUCAAGGUUUUCGAGCUGUAGACGAACAGUUUUGACACUUAUCGGCUGAGAAACUUGGAGUCUGCCGGCAGCAGCUCGGAGGGAUCUUUUUUCCUCUUUAAGAAAAGAAUAAAAGGAAGAGAAAAAAAACAUCUGAAACACAUCGCGGCUAUCUUGACGACAAGAUAUCUGGAUUAAAACCAAUGAACCGGGGCUAAAUAAUCCACACGGGAGCGUUGACGGGCAGAUUUAUUGUGUCGCAGUGGGAUUUCAUCUUCUUCUUUUUUUUUUACGACGAUGUCUGUCCGCGGACACUUUGUCGCUUUCUCCAAAUGCUCACUUCUCGUCUCUCUGAGGAUUUUGCUUUUUGUGCCUGCAGGGUUGCCAGUCCGCAGCCAAGGAGACUCUCAGUCCGACAACAAAGUGAUGGACAACAUCACCGUCCGACAGGGAGAGACCGUCUUCCUCAGGUGUGCACAGGGGGAUGUCGUCACACACACAGCAUGGCUAAAUCGUUCAAGUAUACUGUAUGCUGGAGAAGAAAAAUGGUCAGUGGAUCCCCGAGUGAGUCUGGUGACCCUUAAUCAAGACGAGUUUACCAUCAAGAUUGAAAAUGUGGACACGACAGAUGAAGGGCAGUAUGUGUGUGCUGUGCAGACAAGCAGUCGACCGAGAACCACCUCUGUGCACAUCCUCGUCCAAGUACCACCAAAAAUCAUCAACUUCUCCAGAGACAUUGUGGUAAACGAAGGAUCUAAUGUGACGCUGAUGUGCCAAGCCAGCGGAAAACCAGAUCCUACCAUUAGCUGGAAACUCAGCUCGUCUUCAGGUAACAUGUUUUUCUGGGACUUGGCGUCAGAGGAUGAGUACCUGGAAAUCCCAUCUAUCUCCAGGCAGAGAGCGGGCACGUACGAGUGCACGGCUGUCAAUGAUAUCGACACAGACGUCCAGACCGUAGACAUCACCGUCAACUAUGCUCCAGCUGUGUCAGAGGGCAGAGAUGUUGGAGUGACUCUGGGCCAAAGAGGAGUGCUGGAGUGUGAGGCUGAUGCAGUGCCCGAGGCAGAUUUUGAGUGGUAUAAAGACAACAGAAGGAUCUUCAAUGGCUUUGAUGGCGUGGAGAUUGUGAACACUGGAUCACUGUCCAAGUUAACAUUUUUUAAUGUCUCUGAGGGAGAUUAUGGUAACUACACCUGUGUUGCCAUCAACAAACUUGGAAGCUCAAACACAAGUUUCCUUUUGUAUGAGGUAAUUGAACCUACUAGCUCGACGCUAUUGCAAGGGCCGAGAGCAGUCCAGGAUGGCAGCGGCGGCGCGAUGGGAAUCCACUCACACACCUGUCUCCUCUUCGCAAUCGUUCUGCCAUUUCUGCUCCGAUUUUGAAAACUGGAACGCGAGUUUGUGUGUAUCUCUGUGUGUGCGUGAGAUUUUUUUUUUUUCCCCCUUCAAUCUGGAACCAUGAACUGAUGCACAGUGUGCAUGACGUAUCCUGCAGCAUACAUUAAUGAUGUUGACCCACUAAAUAGGUAUGAGACAGGUUUUUUCCCUUUUUUGUUCAGAUUUUAAGGAUGUAACAAAUGUUUCAUAUUUUAAUUGAAUUAUGUCUGUUUUUUCGCUCUCUCUCUAAAUUAUAUUAUUGUCUCUUUUUACGUCUUGGGGGGAGAUUUUUUAAAUGUGAUGCCUGCUAUUCAAAUGGAUUUCUCUUAAUUUUUAACUGCAUUGCAAAUUUGUCUCGACUCCAGGAAAAGGCAAAUUUACAGCAAGUACGUGAGGUGAAUGUUAAAUACCUCAAAGUCAAAAUGAUACAACACAGUCGAAGGAAUUUAGGUUACCCUGAGGCUGAAAACUUGGUAUUAUCAUAUUUUAAUGUGUAAUAAUUAUCAUUCAGUCUGUUUGUUGAAAGCAGAAUUGUUUUUGACCUUCAGCUAUUUUUGUUCUCAUAUUAUAGUGAUAUAUUUGCAGUUGUUAUGCUAAACCUUUCAUUUUAUUUUUAAAUUUUUGCUUAAGUUUGACAAGAAAAAACAAAGUUGUCAUUAUUUAGGAUAAAUAUAGAUUUAUGUCUUACUUGAUUUUUUUUUGUUUUUGUCUUUAGCAGUAUAACUGUACACAAACAAUGAUGUUAAAAUUAGAUAAACAUUAUUCCACUUGAGUCAAGCUCUGAUUCAACAAAUGCAAAUUUAUUAAUGAUGUUUUCAACUUGCCGUUUGUACACAACAGUUAUUUGCGAUGUUAUCCCUCUUCGUGUUCCAAACAAGCACUGGAGGAUAAGAGACCACGCAAUAAGAUCAUUUUAACCGAAAAUAAACACUGCAUGUAGACACUAAUAAUCCAAAGACUAAAAGUUUAGACAACACCAAACCUUGUAAUACAGAUCGUCACAGGUCUAAAAUUGUAUGACCUGAAAUGGAUUGUCUGAACCCAGAAAGCAAAAAUUCACUAAGUUAAAUUGAAA